GUUGCAUGGUGUUUUUUGUGUCUGAUGAAAACAUCGAUUCCAAGCUGUCAGUCUUACAGUACAAGCCUCAGUGGAUGCAAACAUCUGAAGGAAGGAUGGCUGCGGUGCUCUUUGACGGUCUGUGGGUCCGGUUGGCUCGGCUGCUGUGCGCGCGCGGACUGCUCGGUGCGCUCGGUGUGUGCGCGCUUGCGCUCGUGCUGGUCUUCGCCGUGCGCCUCGCGCACCUGCUGUGGAAACGCACGCGCCUCUCGUGCUUCCGCUGUCCGCCGCAACGCAACUGGUUUCUGGGACACAUGGGCAUCAUACAGACUGAUGAAGUGGGUCUCCAGGAAGUGGAUGAGCUGAUAAGGACAUACCGUCACUCCUGUGCCUGGUUUCUUGGCCCCUUUUAUAACCUUGUGCGCUUUUUUCAUCCUGACUACAUCAAACCUUUGCUUCUUGCCUCUGCUUCCAUUACAUUUAAAGAUGAGCUGUUCUAUGGGUUUAUGAGACCUUGGCUUGGACAAGGGCUUCUCCUGAAUAAUGGACAACAAUGGUUUCGUCAGCGUCGUCUUCUCACUCCGGCCUUCCACUUUGACAUCCUAAAAAACUACAUUCAGAUCUUCAACGACUCCACCAACAUCAUGCAUGAGAAAUGGCGCAACCUGCUGGCAGAAGGAAAGAAUGAUUUUGACAUGUUUGAACAUGUGAGCUUGAUGACACUUGACAGCCUCCUGAAAUGCACUUUCAGCUAUGACAGCCACUGCCAGGAAAAGUCAAGUGAGUACAUUUCUGCCAUUUAUGAGCUGAGUGUGUUGGUGGUGAAGAGGCAGCGCUACCUCCCUCAUCAUUGGGACUGGCUGUAUAAGCACUCCACAGAAGGACAACGUUUCCAUCGGGCCUGCAAAAUCGUCCACGACUUCACUGCCAGAGUCGUUCAAGAACGCCGUUCCCAAUUGCUCGAUCAGGGACAGACAGAGAGCUCCACAUACACAAGCACGACAAGCAACAAGAGGAGAGCAAUCGACUUUAUAGAAGUCCUGCUUCUGUCAAAGGAUGAGAAUGGAGAAGGACUGUCAAAUGAGGAGAUUAAAGCACAAGCAGACACAUUCAUGUUUGCAGGUCAUGACACAACAGCGAGUGCAAUUUCCUGGGUUCUGUAUAAUCUAGCCAUGCACCAGGAGUAUCAAGACCGCUGUCGUUCUGAGAUCAAUGCUCUUCUUGAAGGCCAAGACACUGACGAGCUUGUCUGGGAAGACCUCAGUAACCUGACCUUCACCACCAUGUGCAUUAAGGAAAGUUUGAGGCUUCAUCCACCCGUUUUGGCUUUAACCCGAUACUACUCUCAGGAUAUGAAUGUUCCUGGGGGAUGUACCCUACCAGCGGGAGCUCUCUGUCUGGUCAGUGUUUAUGGCACCCAUCAUAAUCCAGAUGUGUGGCCUGAUCCAGAGGUCUAUGACCCCAUGCGAUUCGACCCUGAUAAGCAGAAACAGCGCUCCCCAUACGCUUUCAUUCCCUUCUCUGCUGGACCAAGGAACUGUAUCGGGCAAAACUUUGCCAUGGCGGAGAUCCGUGUGGUUCUGGCACUCACUCUGAGAAGAUUCAGGGUCCUUCCAGGGUCCAGAUCUCCACGUCGUCUUUAUAUGCUCACAAUGAGAGCAGAGGACGGGUUGCCUCUAACGCUGGAACCCCUAUCACCACUGCAAAGUUGAUCAAAACACACACACACACAAGCCUAGUAGCAUUUUACCCAUUUGCAAAUCAAUAAGUACGUGAUCCUAAAUUUUGUCAUUAUUUUCAUUGCUAAGUUCUGGAAGACACAACUCAGAAUGAAUCUGCUUACUUUUUUAUCGACCCAACUGAAUAGAGAGAUAUGGGUGGAGCUAGAGAUGCAGGUCAUUCAUUGGUCAACAACCAUCCAUAAAGACCAAACUCAAAAAUCGAUUCAGUACAAUUUUAAAAAAAAAUGCAUUGUUUAUAUUUAUAUAUGUACUGUACAUCGGAAAUUUUAUACGUAUAUAGUUUGAUGAUACAUCAUUUUAGAAAUUAAAAAUAAAUUCUUCCAUUAAAGGUCCACUAUGUUGGAUUCAACCAACUGAAUGCCCCUCCAGUACUCCCCCUUUCUAAGAAUGUAUCAGAACGUAUGAUGGCCGUCUGGUGCACAUCAGCACUUCCAGUAGAGGCUUUGCACUGUCACAUGACCCCAUAGCAAUGCUAACUAUGCCGCCAUGACAGGAGGCACGCUUGUAGUGCUUCAUUCUGACGAGUUAGUUAUUAUUGAUUGGUAGGGAAAGGUUUUACUGCAUUUUUGGAUGUGCAAAUUGUUUUGAAUGAAACAAAGACAUCAGAUUUUUUUUUAAUUUACCAAAAGUAAUUCAUCAUCAGGGAGAAAAAUAGAGAAAAUUCUAAAUGUAGAAGGGAAAAAUGGGGGGGGGGCAUUCAGCAGGACUCGGUGUCGAAUGGAGAGGUCAAAAACCCUGUAGCAUGCUCACUUCAUUUCCACAAAGGGAAGAAUUUUUUUUUAAAUCCAUUUCACAACUUACCUGAUGACUUGUCCAGGGUGUACCCCGCCUUUCGCCCGUAGUCAGCUGGGAUAGGCUCCAGCUCGCCUGUGACCCUGUAGAAGGAUAAAGCGGCUAGAGAUAAUGAAAUGAAUGAAUGAAACUUCAGCGCAGUGCUCAUUCUUAUACAGUGAAGUGAACAUGAGCAUCGACAUAGCAGCUCUGCACAGCCUCACCUUCACUGAGACUUAAAGUGCAUUUACAUUCAGGGAUCCUUCAGAGGGCACUGUGCGUUCGCUUGGGAGCCAGUCAUUAUGGGGAACACCUGAUGAUGAUUUGAGUGCAGUCAGGACACGCGUUCAAGGACACAGAGGCUUUGUGAAGUAUUAUCACUGUCACAUUUGUUUCUAGCCAUGUUUAUGACUCUGCUUUCAGUUUCAUUUGUCUUUUUGUAAAUAUCACGCCUGGUAAUAAACACUCUUCCUGCACUUAGAUCCAUCUGCCGUCACAUACCUGACAGAAUACUUUGCAAAGUUUCUGUGAAAACAGUGUCCUUAUACAUGCAUGCUGAUUGCACUCAAAUUAGCAUCAGGUGUUUCCCAUAAUGACUGGCUCCCAAGCACGUGCACAACGCGCUCUGAAGGAUCUCUGAAUUUCAACGCACUUUUUAGUUUCAGUGAAGGUGAGGCUGUGCAGAGCCGCUGUGUUGACGUUCAUGUUCACUUCACUGUAUAAGAAUGAGCACCGCACUGCAGUUGUGAAAUUAAUUUUUUUUUAAUUCUUACCUUUGUGGAAGGGCGGCACGGUGGUGUAGUGGUUAGCGCUGUUGCCUCACAGGAAGAAGGUCCGGGUUCGAGCCCCGUGGCCGGCGAGGGCCUUUCUGUGCGGAGUUUGCAUGUUCUCCCCGUGUCCGCGUGGGUUUCCUCCGGGUG